AUUCUGUCUACAUCGCAACCCAAACAUGACUUCUGCCGACCCUCGCUUCACGACAGAUGCUCGAUUUUCCAGCGAAGCUCAGGCUGGGUCAUCCAAGUCACAGGAAGCGCAUAAUGAAGAGGAACCAAUAAAUGAUCAUAACAUCUCCGGAGAUGAGCACAGUGGCUCAGAGGCGAGCUCUGCAGACAGCCUAGGAGAAGGAAUGAAACCCGAGGGCUUCGCUGGCCCUUCGCAAGAGGUGGUCAAGCCUCUCACGCCCGAGGCGUUGGCUGCUUUCAAAGCUGCACAAGAGAAGACUGGCGUCAUCUACAUCUCUCGCAUCCCCCCUGGGAUGCAGCCCACGAAAGUGAGACAUAUCAUGAGCGCAUAUGGACAUGUCGGAAGGGUGUAUUUGCAGCAAGAAGACCCUAAGCAGGCGUACCUGCGGCGAAAGUAUACCACAACGAAAAAAGCGCAUUUUACGGAAGGUUGGGUAGAGUUCAAGGACAAGCGGGUUGCUCGCUCCGUCGCCGAAAUGUUGAACGCGCAGCCCAUUGGAGGAAGGAAGGGAACACGGUGGAGGGACGAUGUUUGGACUAUGAAGUAUUUGCCCAAGUUCAAGUGGAACAUGUUGACGGAGCAGAUUGCACAUGAAGCUGCUAUGCAUGCUGCUCAGCUGCGCGUAGAGUUGUCUCAGUCGCGCCGCGAGCAGCAUGAAUAUCUGAAAAAUGUUGAGCUCGCACGAGUGCUGGGCAAGCGAGCUGAGCGGAAACGUAAAAUAGGAGAGCCCGAAAAGGAAAGUGCGGCAGAAGCCGCAAAUCGGCCGCGCGAUGACAAAGGCGGAACGCAGACAAAAAACGCAGAGAAACCACGAAAAAAGCAAAAGAAAGUGGGCGAGGACGGUAGUACAGAUAGACAGCUCGACAGCGUGUUGCACAGUAUUUUCUGAAAUGUAUAUUGACUCGCGAGGAU